CUCUCGCUCUCGUCGUAUUUCAGUUUUUGUGAAAGCUCAACGGGCACGCCCACCCCCACGUACCACCCACCGGAAACCCACCCGCGUGUGCUUAUACCUUUAACUAAAAAAAACACUCUAAAAACCUAACAAAAUGAGCAAGUUCGCUUGGGUGACGCUGACGACAAAUGACACGUACUCACUGGGUGCCUUGGUGUUGGCCCAUUCACUGAAAAGGGCCAACACCGCCCACCAGCUGGCCGUUCUGGUCACGCCCACCGUUUCGGAGGCGAUGCGCGACAGACUAAAGGACGUGUACAAUGUUGUACAAGAGGUCAAUGUGCUGGACUCACAGGACGCCGCCAAUCUGGCGCUCCUCGCCCGCCCCGAACUGGGUGUGACCUUCACAAAGCUCCACUGCUGGCGCCUGACUCAGUUCGAGAAGUGCGUCUUCCUGGACGCCGAUACCCUGGUUUUGCAAAAUUGCGAUGAACUGUUCGAGCGAGAGGAACUGUCGGCUGCUCCGGAUGUAAGCUGGCCGGAUUGCUUCAACUCCGGCGUGUUUGUGUUCAAGCCCAGCGCUGAGACCUUCGGCCAGAUCACAGAGUUCGCCGUGAAGAACGGCAGCUUCGAUGGCGGCGACCAGGGCCUGCUGAAUCAGUUCUUUGCCGAUUGGGCGACGGCGGACAUCAAGAAGCACUUGCCAUUUGUUUACAAUGUGACGGCCUAUGCCUCCUACUGCUAUCUGCCCGCCUUCAAACAGUUCAGAGAUAAGAUUAAGAUUUUGCAUUUCGCCGGCAAACUGAAGCCAUGGCUGAUUCAGUUCAACUCGGAGACAAAGACCGCCAGCGUAUCGUCGGACUAUGCCCAUGCCCAGGAUCUGAUCCAGCUGUGGUGGAACAUCUUCUGUGAUAAUGUGAUCCAGUCCCUGUCCACCGAUAUGCAAACGCCAGGAACUGUUGCAAGUGAACCAGAGAUCGCUUCAGAGUGCCUCUGCUUGAACCUAACGCACUCGCAAAGCGACUAUGCUUCGGACGAGCAAUGGCUAGAUCAGGACUACGAGCAGCGGCAGCAGCAUGAGUACUACCAGCAGCAGCGGCUGCACCACCACCUGUUGCACGAGCGCCAGUUCCGCGAUCCUUGGGCAGAUUACUAUGAGAAUCUGGAGAAGGAGCAGCGGCAGGCCGACGAGCAUCACCACAAUCCCAGCCAGGACAAUGGGAAUGCAAAUGCGAAUGCCUAUGAAAGUGCCACUGAGUGGCACAAUGACGAUGCAUGCCACCCACCAUCUCAGUCACCACCACCACCGAUUCCUCCUCAAACUCAAUCCUCCACUGCCAAUGCCAAAGAAGACUCAGCAUCCGUAGAUGUGAAUAGCAAUGAGCUGAACCACCCACCACCUGAACAUGCCACCUCAGCCUCUGACUUUGCCAUGCCCAAUGCCUCUGCCUCUGCCACGCCCAUGCCCACGCCUACGCCUACGCCCUCGUCCACGCCCACGCCACAUCAUUCCGUGCAUAGUCAGACAGUAGAAAAUGCGACAAACCACCAACAAGAGCAAGAAGUCGCAGCCAAAACGGCGCCUGAGGCGGGCUUGGCAGGAGCUCUGUCACAGCUGAAGAUUGGCCAGCAGCGCACCACUGAGCAGGAGGCCUACGAGAACCUAAUGCGCCGCCAGUGCUGGGAAUCCGGACAGAUCGACUACUCCGGCGCCGAUUCCUUCGACAACAUCUGGAAGAAGAUCACACAGACGCUGGAAAAGAAGCCCGAUGCCGAUCAAACUGGUAGCUCUUAGAAACAAAAACAAAACACAUAUCAAAAACAAACAAAAAAAUACUAAAAACAAGCAAACCAAAACAAACAAAUGCAAAUCGUUCGUUAUUUGUCGUUUUGUUGCCAUUUUUUUUGUUGUACACCCACACACACAGACACAGACUUCCCUUCAGUCCUACAAUCCUCUCCCCAAAAAACACACACACACAGCCAUGUUUAACCCUUGGGAGGCACAUACAAUGUCAAGGCUCCCGCCCCCGCCUAAUUGAAAUUUAAGGUUUUUGGCAGAAAAUAUGGCCCGAAACGAAUUCUUCCGAGUGUCAUAAAUGCAAUUUUUAUUUCGCAGCAGCACACACAUAAAUAUUCGCAUACAUGGUAGCAAUCUUGUUAUGCCAAAAGAACUGAGCAAAAAAAAAAUUAAAGAAACAAAAAAGCAACCAAACGCACAGAAAUUUUAAUUAAGUUUUCAAAUUAAACUUUUGCUGUCGCUGCUGCUCCUGCUGCUCUCGACAUACGUGAGAUGUAAGCUAGUGCGCCAGUACGAGUGAGUGUGUGUGUGUGUGGGUGUGUGCUGCGACACACUUGGCACACUUGCCUCAAUUGGGGCAACCCCACCUUACAGUCCUCUCCCCUACCCUAUUAUACCUCCACCAUCAGACACACACACUCACAAAAACACUUGGCCCCGGCCACAAACUUUUACACUUCAUUGUAUUUUAAUUGAAAAUUUUGUACUUUUGGCACUUGGUGUAUUUGCCGAUUUGUGGUGAUGACUUUUUGGCUCAUCUGCAUCAGAAAUUCAUUGUAGCAUAAGCCACGCCCCCUGCCCUUAUGCCCUCUAUUCCCUUUAACCCUUGACCCCCCACUUUGUGUACAUAUGAAUAAAAACCAACAAUGAGUGUAUAAAAUAACUCUAAAAAGCAACUAUUUCAAAAAAGAAGAGAAUAAAGUAAAAAAUCAAAACUAAACUGUUGCCAACAUUUUGUGGCACAAUGUGUGUGCGUCUGUGUGUGUGUUACAGUGUGUGGUGGCGGUGGCAUGUGCCCCGCCCAUCCAUCUUUGUACGCCCACUCUUCGGAUCGAAUUCGAACUUUGAGCGUAAUACGUUGUUUGUUUCAAGUGUUUUGCCGAAUAACUCUCCUCUAUACUCUUACUCGUAUCUAAAAUGUAUGUUAUUACUUUACUUUUGAAAUAUUGUCUUAAUAUUUAUUCGAGAAACAGCAAACAAGAACAAAAACAAAGAGUCCCCACAAAAAAAAAACAACACAAACAAAUUUUCAAUUUACGAAACACUGUUUUUAAA